GUUGCAACAAAAUCAGCAAUUCCUAUUGCAGUGAAUAACUCUCCGCUAUUCCUUUUUCGCUGAUUCUGUUUCCCACUCGGAACACACACAUUCAGACUGUAAAGAGAAGACAUGGCUGUAAUUACAGGUCGGAGCCACAGCAUUCCGCCUUCAGAUCGGGUUACCAGGCGUUCCGUUCGGGGCUCCAUACUCUUUGUUGGUUCUCUUACGAUCUCCGUUUUACUUUUCCUUGCCAUCUCAUUUCUUUUUACUUCCUCUUCCGAUCCUGCCGACAUCAAAUCUGGGUUUGCUGUUGAUUCAUAUGGAUUUAGUUCGGAAUCAGUCAGAAGAUUAGUUCUGGCACUGAAAUCGGAUCCAUUAAAGCCUCGGAUCGAUCAGAUCCGAAAACAAGCAGGAGAUCAUAGAAGUUUAGCUUUAGCUUAUGCUUCCUAUGCGCGGAAGCUCAAGCUUGAAAAUUCGAAGCUUGUUAGGAAUUUUGCAGAACUCUCUCGUAAUUACACCAAUCUGCUCUCAAAACCUUCUUAUCAGGCAUUAUUUGAUGCAGAGACAAAUUCAAUUGACGAGUCAGUGCUAAGACAGUUUGAGAAAGAUGUGAAAGCACAAAUUAAAUUCACACGACAAGUGAUUUCCGAGGCGAAAGAAUCAUUUGAUAAUCAGCUGAAAAUUCAUAAGCUGAAAGAUAAUAUCUUUGCAUUAAAUGAACAGCUGACGAAAGCGAAAAAACAGGGUGCUUUCUCAAGCUUGAUUGCUGCCAAAUCGAUCCCCAAAAGCUUGCAUUGCUUGACUUUAAGGUUGAUGGAAGAAAGAAUUGCACAUCCCGACAAGUAUACAGACGAAGGAAAGCCCCCCAAGAUAGAGUUGGAAGACCCUAAGCUUUAUCAUUAUGCAAUUUUCUCGGAUAAUGUUAUUGCUGCUUCUGUCGUGGUGAACUCAGCUGUGAAAAACACAAAAGAGCCAUGGAAGCAUGUGUUUCAUGUCGUGACAGAUAAAAUGAAUCUCGGGGCUAUGCAAGUGAUGUUCAAAAUGAGGGAUUAUAAUGGGGCUCACAUUGAAGUGAAAGCUGUGGAGGAUUACAAAUUCUUGAAUUCCUCUUAUGUUCCAGUGCUUAAACAGCUUGAAUCUUCUAACUUACAAAAGUUUUACUUUGAGAAUAAGCUUGAGAAUGCAACAAAGGAUACAACAAAUAUGAAGUUUAGGAAUCCAAAAUAUCUGUCAAUUCUGAAUCAUCUCAGGUUCUAUUUACCUGAAAUGUAUCCAAAGUUGCAUAAGAUUCUGUUCUUGGAUGAUGAUAUAGUGGUUCAAAGGGAUUUGACUGGGCUUUGGGAGAUAGAUAUGGAUGGAAAGGUGAAUGGGGCCGUGGAGACAUGUUUUGGAUCUUUUCAUCGUUAUGCACAGUACAUGAAUUUCACACAUCCUCUGAUCAAAGCCAAGUUUAGUCCCAAGGCAUGCGCAUGGGCUUAUGGCAUGAAUUUCUUUGAUUUGGAUGCUUGGAGGAGGGAGAAGUGCACUGAAGAAUACCAUUACUGGCAGAAUCUGAAUGAGAAUCGAACACUCUGGAAAUUAGGGACAUUGCCUCCAGGUCUUAUUACAUAUUACUCGACAACCAAGCCACUGGACAAGUAUUGGCAUGUUUUGGGGCUUGGCUACAAUCCAAGCAUAAGCAUGGAUGAGAUUAACAAUGCUUCAGUCAUACACUUCAAUGGGAAUAUGAAGCCAUGGCUUGACAUUGCAAUAACCCAAUUCCGUCCACUUUGGACCAAGUUUGUCGACUACGAAAACGAGUAUGUGCAGGCCUGCAAUUUUGGUCUAUGAAUAUGUGCUUGCAGGAAAAGCAAAGCUAGUCUUGCGGAUAACUUUGAGGCUUGUCACUGCUCCUUACACGUAAAUUUUCUCCUCAAAUUAAUGUGCUAGUAUUUUUCACUUAUAUUCAGGCUUUAGCGUUCACCCGUUGGUUGAUCAUGUUAUUUGCUCAUAUAUGUUCAAUAGUUAUCAGUUGCUGAAAGCUAAUUAUAUACAAUGUGAUUUAUAUUCAGAAAACUUAAGCUAUUUGAAAUUUGGUGUUGAUGAUCAACAUAA